AUGGCCCUUGGUGCCCCCCCGUGUGCCCCUGGUGCCCCCAAGUCCAGGCUGGGGUGGCGCAAGGCUGUGGUGGGAACAUAUGGCCCCGUCACCCUUAUAAAGGGGACAGGGGGCAGGUCCCCCCAUGUCCCUGCGUGUCUCCCCACCAUGUGGCCCUGCCUGCUGCUCGCCCUGGCCCUGCUGGGCACUGUGCCCACCAGCCACUCCAGUGAGUGUCCCCCUGCCCCUGUGACCAGCCCUCCACCCCCCCGCCAGCCCCAGGGGGUGCCCGCGGCCGAGGCCAUCCCGCAGCCCCGCUACGCGGUAGUGAAGCGGCUGCGAACCUACUCGCGUGCCCAGAGGUACUGCCGGGAUGUGUACCGGGGCCAGCUGGCCUCCGUGCACAGCGCCUCCCGCAACCAGAAGCUGCAGAAACUGGCCCGCACCUACAUCCACAUCGCCGUCUGGAUCGGGGCCGUCACCAGCUGCAAGGGAGGGAAGUGGGCGUCAUGCUGGGAGGACUCCAGCCCCUGGAACUACGCCAACUGGGGACCCACCUAUCCCCACCACAUUGUCACCACCUGCACCACCCUCAGCACCCGAGACGGGCUCUGGCGCAGCCGCCCCUGCUUCCAGCUGCGCCCCUUCAUCUGCCAGUACUGAUCUCCCAGCGCUGCCACGGCCCCCCAGUUCCCUUCCCAGUAAAGCAGAGGUGCACUGA